GGUACAACUUGCCAUCGCCUCUAGUACAGAGACAACUAAUUGCCGACUCGGUGCUUAUCAACGGUGUCGGGCGUUAAGUGCUGGAAGUAGCGCUUAUAACCACGUCAAUCCCGUCAUGCGUGAUACAGUGACCACUGGCAACACCGGCGAUCGUGUGACUAUCCGCUUCAUCACAGACAACCCUGGGCCUUGGCUGUUACAUUGCCAUACCGAUUGGCAUCUAUCCGCCGGACUAGCUAUAGUAUUCGCAGAGGCUCCUGAAGAUGUGGCGGCUUCGCAGCCUUUCAAUAGUAAACACCGAGCACUAUGAACUAGACCAGGUCUGACGAUCGGCGUUAGAUGCUUCGAAGCAGUUCUGUCCGAUAUACAAUAGCAUUCCUCAACAGAAUUUCCCUCUCCCUCCCGUUGAUUGAUAUUAUUGGUUUAUACCUACUUUUAUUCUAGGGAACAUCAAACAGGACAUUUUUCAAAUGCGAUUUGUAGAUUCAUAAUAGGACUCGAUAGAUAGUAAAUAGCCCUCAUUCUUAAUGUAGAAGUGAUGUCUGAG